UGGAAGAAGCGCCGACGUCUCAGCGACACGCAACUGGAGGAGGAUGUGAAAAUUUGACAUUUGUCAGCGCUGACAGUGAGAGAGAGAGAGAGCAGCAGCAGCAGCUGGAGUCACACACAGGCGGUGCGAGGACGUGUGAAAACAAACUGCCCGCUUUUUAAUGGUCUGACUUAAAGACGCGCACAGCUGUCCAUCCGUCCGGUGAGCUGCAGACAGACGCAGGCAGUCAUGAUGGACUCUAUCUUAGACAGUUUAACAGCGGAGAAACUCUAUCCGUCCGGAGGGACCAACCUGUUGGACCUGGAGGAACUCAGCGACGGAGAUUUUCUCACUAAUGUGCCUUUCUCAGGUGACCAGAUGGACGACUUCAGCAGUGAAUUAUUUAACAGUUUCUUCGACGACCAUGUAUUAGAGCGACCCCUACUGGCAGAAAGACCUUCAUUUUUACACAUUGACAUGGACAGCAGCCCAGAUAUUCAAGCAGAGCACAGCUACUCCUUGAGUGAAGACUCAGCCCCCCAGAGCCCAGCCCUGUCAGUCAAAAUGGACCAAGACUCUGAGUUUGAGUGGAGCUUCAGCCAGGACCUGUCAGCUAUCUUGGUGAAGCAGGAGGAGCCUGAUGUUGGCCAAAGGUUAGAUCCUCAGCCUUUGGAAGCCCCGCCUCUCAUAUUAAGCCCCGCCCCUCCACACAGAGGCUCACCAUGGAAACACACGGAGCGCAGUCAAGAGGAUAUGAAGCCCAUUGCUAUAAAAGAUGAACCCAGAGAGAUUGGACAGUACCUCAGCUUGCCCAGCGAUGAUGCUCUCCAGCUGCCGCCCACCCCUCCCAGCAGUAACCACGGCGACAGUGAUGGCUCACUGCCCCCCUCCUCCCCACACCUCCCUCUGCCGCCGUCUUCCCCUCAACCACAACAGAGGCCAGGAGGUCGCGCCUCGUCCUCAUCCUCAUCUUCUUCGGCCAUCUCCUCUUCGCCCCUCCUCACCGCGCCGCAUAAACUGCAGGGUUCGGGACCCCUCAUGCUGACAGAAGAAGAGAAGAGGACCCUGGUUGCGGAGGGUUACCCGGUACCUAACAAACUUCCUCUCACGAAGAGUGAAGAGAAGGCACUGAAGAGAGUCAGACGAAAGAUCAAAAAUAAGAUCUCAGCUCAGGAGAGUCGGAGGAAGAAGAAAGAGUAUGUGGAAUGUCUGGAGAAAAAGGUGGAGAAUUACACGUCAGAAAACAGCGACCUGUGGAGAAAAGUAGAACACCUGGAGACAGCCAACAGGUCUCUCCUACAGCAGCUCCAGAAGCUUCAGUCACUGAUUUCAGGGAAGGUCGUCCCCCGUUCGUGUAAAAUGGCCUCAACUCAGACAGGAACAUGCCUCAUGAUGAUGGCCCUGUGUUUUGUCUUGGUGUUGGGCUCCUUCUCUCCCUGCAUUUCUCCCCUCUCCCUGGUCACUCACACCUCCUCUUUGCCCUCCUCCCCCGCUUCUUCUCAGUCCUCCCCCUCUUCUCAUUCUUCUCCAUCGGCGGACCUCUACACCACCAGUCAGGUCCGCUCCCGCAGCCUGCUCUUCUACAACGAAGAGGCUCCACUGGAGGAGAGUUUAGCGACAUCAGAAGGAGAGAGGCUACAGUCAGAAGGCCACUCCCACAACCAGAUCAGCCGAUACACAGCUGACGGCCACAGCAACCAGACAAGCGGGUCCAAGAUAGAGCGGAGAGAAACAAAACCAGAUGGAGACUCUGAGUUUUUCUGACACAGCUCAGCCUCUCCUCAUCUAACUUCUCAGCCCUGAAUCCCUCCAAAGGACCCCAAUGCUCCAGGUUG